AUGCCAGUACCUAGUGGAGGUGCUUUUGUUCAAACUGGUCAACCGUCUUGUUUCCAGCGCAUGAAGAUGGGUUUCUUCAUGGGAUUUUGUGUUGGCAUGGCUACCGGAGCGAUUUUCGGGGGUUUCAGUUGUUUACGAUAUGGCUUACGUGGUCGAGAGCUUAUCCAAAAUGUCGGUAAAGGAAUGAUACAAGGUGGUGGUUCUUUCGGAAUGUUUAUGGCUAUCGGAACUGCUAUUCGAUGUUAG